AAAGAGAAAGGAAAGCACACGCACACACGCACGCACACACACCAUCGGCGAGUCGCGGCAGACCGAAAAGGACCUGCACAAGUCCGGCUGGAGUCUCCACCCGAGAGGACGUCCACAGAGCAGACACACGUUGUCCACACGUUGCGUAAGACAACGUGAGAGCGACGCGUCGGCAGAUCUGCUGCGGACUCGAGGAGAAGGAGAAGAAAGGGAGAAGCAGACGUUUCUGUCCUGUCUGAGUUUUUUGGAGGGGAACAAAAAUGUCUAAACCCGAUUACAGCGGCAUGUUUCACAUGGUGGAGCAGGAGAAUAUGGACCCGUACCUCGCAGCUUUAGAUAUCAAUUUUGCCCUGAGGAAGAUCGUGUGUUUGUUGAGGCCCAGCAAGGAGAUUAACCACGACCCGGUGACGGGGGCCAUGAGGAUCCGCACUCUCACCACCUUCAAGAACUUCAACAUGGAUUUCACCAUCGGAAAAGAAUUCACCGAAGACUUGGGACCAGUGGACGGUCGUACUUGCCAGACUACAGUGAACUGGGAAGGGGACAACCUGAUUUGUGUACAGCGCGGCGAGAAGGAAGGACGGGGAUGGACACACUGGCUGGAGGGUGACAAGCUGCAUUUGGAGAUGAGAGUUCAAGGCGUCGUUGCCAAGCAAGUCUUCAAGAAGGCUGUUUGAAGUCACCGCUGAUUUGUUUUAGUGAAUUUAUUCUCAGUAGAACCGACUCGGUACAAGUCUGAAUAAUGUUUAUAGAGUUUUUUUUAAUUAUUGUAAUCAACGUUUUUUUUAAAUGUCAGAAUUAGAUUGAACAUCUUUGAAACAUGUACAUCUUAAUCAUCUGUUGGUACUAACUGAAGAGAGCAGUGGAGCAAAAGAGCUUUCCUGACCUACUUCCUCAUAUCUAUCUUCACAAUGUUAUAAACAAAUCAUUCAUCC